UGAACGCUUCCGUAGCCAAUUAAUCCUUACCCCACCAACGACCGACGAGUCCACGGAACCCAUUUUGCACAAUCAACAACCUAUUCUAUAGAAAGCUCUUUCCCGACGACGAAAACCCAAAACCCCAACUUGAUCUCACCGUCCAUCACGAUCCUGUUCGGCGGGAGCCAUGGCGACUCCGGUGGCUUACCAAUCUCACCUCCCGGCGGUGCCGUCGUGGCUGAACAAGGGCGACAACGCCUGGCAACUGACCGCUGCCACCCUCGUCGGCCUCCAGAGCAUGCCAGGCCUCGUCAUCCUCUACGGCAGCAUAGUGAAGAAGAAAUGGGCCGUGAACUCCGCUUUCAUGGCUCUCUACGCCUUCGCCGCCGUCCUCAUUACUUGGGUCCUCGUUGGCUACCGGCUGGCCUUCGGCGAUCAGCUGCUCGACUUCUGGGGCAAGGGCGCGCCUGCGUUGGGCCAGAAGUUCCUCAUCGGCCGCGCCAAGGUCCCCGAGAGCACGCAAUAUUACGACAACGGCCGAAUCGAAACUGACAAGAUCGAGCCGUUCUAUCCGAUGGCGUCGCUGGUGUACUUUCAGUUCACUUUUGCGGCAAUUACAAUGGUGUUGCUGGCUGGGUCGGUGCUUGGUCGGAUGAACAUCAAGGCGUGGAUGGCGUUUGUGCCGCUGUGGCUAGUUUUCUCUUACACCGUCGGCGCUUUCAGCCUCUGGGGCGGCGGGUUUCUCUUCCACUGGGGCGUCAUCGACUACUCCGGCGGCUAUGUCAUCCACCUCUCGUCCGGGAUCGCCGGUUUCACGGCCGCUUAUUGGGUUGGACCGAGGCUGAAGUGCGACAGGGAGAGGUUUCCUCCAAACAACGUCCUGCUCAUGCUGGCCGGAGCGGGGCUUCUGUGGAUGGGCUGGUCGGGCUUCAACGGCGGGGCUCCUUACGCCGCCAACAUUGACGCUUCCAUUGCUGUCCUCAACACCAAUAUCUGCGCCGCCACCAGCCUCCUCGUCUGGACUUCCCUUGACGUAAUCUUCUUCGGCAAGCCCUCCGUCAUCGGAGCCGUUCAGGGCAUGAUGACCGGCCUUGUUUGCAUUACUCCCGGUGCAGGGGUGGUGCAAUCGUGGGCUGCGAUAGUGAUGGGAAUACUUUCUGGUAGCAUUCCGUGGGUGUCCAUGAUGAUUCUCCACAAGAAGUCUGCUUUGCUACAGAAAGUGGAUGACACUCUCGGCGUGUUCCACACACACGCCGUGGCGGGGCUCCUCGGCGGUCUUCUCACCGGGCUUCUGGCGGAGCCGGCGCUCUGCCGCCUCAUCUUGCCGGUGACCAACUCGAGGGGAGCGUUUUACGGCGGCGGAGGAGGGGUGCAGCUGCUGAAGCAACUUGUGGCGGCCCUGUUCGUGAUCGGCUGGAACAUCGUGUCGACGACAGUGAUUCUUCUGGGUAUCAGGGUAUUCAUUCCUCUGAGAAUGACCGACGACCAGUUGUUGAUCGGAGACGACGCCGUCCAUGGAGAAGAAGCCUACGCGCUGUGGGGCGACGGCGAGAAGUACGACCCGACAAGGCACGGCUGGCACUCCUCGUCGUACGCCGUGCAGACGGCCCCGUCUGGUUCCGACAUUAAUGGGGCCACCGGUGUCACCAUUAAUUUGUAGUUCUUCUUCGGCGAGUAUCUCAACUUUUUCUUGUAGAAACAAAUGAUUGUUUCUGAUUCACUUGUUGAUUUGAUCUAAGAAGGCCAUUGUCAUUUAUGCAAAUUCAAAUUUCAUUUGAACUUGAUAAUGGUAUGAGAAAUUAAGUUUA